ACAUUGUCCACCCAUAAGUCGAGCUUAAGACACUGUGUUGGAAGUACAGCUUCAUAAUGAAAAUUUCCGCGGCAGUAGUCCUGUGCAGUGUGGUUGUUGCGGCCAUUAUUGGAAGAGUUAUUGCUAGUGAUGUCGAACAAUUGGUAGAGGAUAGUUCUGCCAAUCCCAGAGCACCGGUCGGAAACAGACUUGCUACCGAUGGAUACCUACCGUUUUCGGGACAGUUUCCGUACUAUGCAUAUUUAGAAGUUUCAAUAGUAAAUUUCUCUCCAAUCGUGUGUUCAGGAGGACUGAUUACUCCAAAUUACAUUCUGGCAGUAGCUAACGGUUGCUUAAAAGUCAGUGAUUCACAAAUUAUACGUUACGGCACUGCAGCAUUGGCCUACAGAAACUAUCCUUGGGAGCAGCGCAUUAACUUCUCGGCGAGCGCAAUCCGUCUUCAUCCGACUGAAAAUAUUGCAUUAACUCGUUUGGAUUACCCGGUCACCCUAAACAAAUAUGUGCAGCCAAUUCGGUUACCAAAACUGUCUGAUUCGCGUUCUUAUGUAAAUAUGGAGGGUACUACCGUCGGUUCGUAUAGAUAUUUGCGCAAUCGGGUGAUGUCCAAUGCACAGUGUACCGAAGAACAACCUAACUUCAACGCCACGGAUGUGCAUAUAUGUACGGAUCGUUACAUAGGAGGCGCGUUUUGCGGAGCUGGACUUGGAUCUCCAUUGACGAUUGAAGAUGGAAAUGGUGUGAUUAUGGUUGGACUGGCGACUCGAAUUUAUUAUUGCGAGUAUAAUUAUCCUACUGGUUAUGCUCGCAUCUCAUCAUUCCGCGACUGGAUUCAAAGUAACUCAGAUUACUAUUUUGACUACUAGAAAUGCGCUUUAAGCAGUUCAAAUUGUGCGAGUUUUAAAAGGAAUAAAUUUUGUAAAGAAAAAACAAUAUUGGGGCCCUU